CCGCUUCGGCCAAUCACAGCCGCGCUUGCUCGCCCAUCAGGCAGUGGCAACAUGGCAGCUCUCUGAGUUUUGGUGAGCUGUAAAUAAACACAUUUCCCACGUCUCGCGGACCACGACAGCGCCCGGGUGUUUGCGCCGAGGACCGGCCGGAGCCGCGGAGGGAAGAUGUCGAGUGACGGGACCAGGAAACAGUUCUGGAAGAGAAACGCAGCCAAGGUUCCUGGCAGCAUUCAACAUGUAUACGGAGCACAGCACCCCCCCUUUGACCCGCUCCUCCAUGCUAAUCUAAUUAAAGCAGCCAACAAACAUCCUCCGGCCACACCAGGCAAGCCUAAGAAGGCGACCACCUUCCAGGAGUUUGAGAGCAUCACAAGUGAUGCUUGGGACGUUGGGGAUGAUGACGAUGAGCUGCUGGCCAUGGCUGCACAGAACCUUAACAUCGAGGUGGUCAUGGAGACGGCCAAUAAGGUGAUUGAGAAUCACAGCAAGCAACAGGAACGACAGCGGCUGGAUGACUCCACAGACCUGGAACAGAGAAACGAGGACACACAGGACGAGACGGCGGAGGACGAAGAGGAGGACGAGGAGAAUGAGGAGGAGGAGGAGGAGGUGGAGGAGAGAGUGGAGGAAGGCGAUGUGACCAGCCCAGAGGUGUCGUUUGCCUCCCAGAGCAGCCCUUACACUGAUGGUCGCCUGGUUAAAUCCCACAGCGAAGCUCCAAUUGGGUCACCCAAAGAUGCAGCAGGUGAAAGUGCAGGCCUCCACAGACAGCGGUCUCUGCCCCACCGGCCACCCCUCAUCCCUUUAGUGGCUCGCAUGGCCGACCAGAACACGUCUGGCACCCCAGUCAUGACCGAGAGGGAAGCGUCCCGUCUGGACAAGUUCAAACAGUUGCUGGCCGGCCCCAACACAGAUCUAGAAGAGCUACGGAAACUCAGCUGGUCUGGAAUCCCAAGACAGGUCCGACCGAUUACGUGGAAGCUCCUCUCGGGUUACCUUCCUGCCAACGCGGAGAGGAGAGAGAGCGUCCUACAGAGGAAGAGACAAGAAUACUUCGGCUUCAUCCAGCAAUACUAUGACUCCCGCAACGACGAACACCAUCAAGACACAUACAGACAGAUUCACAUUGACAUACCGAGAACUAAUCCUCUUAUUCCUCUUUUCCAACAAGCUUCUGUCCAAGAGAUUUUCGAGCGGAUCCUGUUUAUUUGGGCGAUCCGGCACCCCGCCAGUGGCUACGUGCAAGGAAUCAACGACCUAGUCACGCCGUUCUUCGUGGUCUACGUCUUCGAAUACAUCGAGGAGGAAGUGGAAAACUUUGACGUGUCCAGUCUCCAGGAAGAGGCUCUGAGGAACAUUGAGGCUGACAGCUUCUGGUGCAUGAGCAAACUGCUGGACGGCAUCCAGGACAACUACACAUUUGCCCAACCAGGGAUCCAGAGGAAAGUCAAGGCCCUGGAGGAGCUGGUCAGCAGGAUCGAUGAGUCUGUGCACAUCCACAUGCAGCAGUAUGAGGUCGAGUACCUGCAGUUUGCCUUCCGCUGGAUGAACAACCUCCUGAUGAGGGAGCUGCCACUGCGCUGCACCAUCAGACUGUGGGACACCUACCAGGCCGAACCAGAGGGCUUCUCCCAUUUCCACCUCUACGUGUGUGCAGCCUUCCUGGUGAGGUGGAGGAAAGAGAUUCUAGAGGAGAGGGAUUUUCAGGGGCUAAUGAUCCUCCUGCAAAACCUUCCCACAAUGCACUGGGGCAACGAGGAAGUGAGUGUGCUGCUGGCUGAAGCCUACCGGUUGAAGUUCGCCUUUGCUGACGCGCCCAACCACUACAAGAGAUGAUAAGCAUGGCUCUCCGCAGCUGCUCCCCCUCCUCCUCCUCCUCCUCAUCUAUCCAUCUCCGCUGUCGUCUACUGAACUCAAAGGCCUCUAUUCCUACAUGGAAGGACCUCCCCCCUUUUUCUUAACCUCCCCUUUCCCCAAAUCGCCCGAUGGGCCUUUCAGCAACUAAGAGAUUUAAAUCAACCAAUGAAUGGGAGGACUUGAGGUGUAGCAUUCUAACAUGACGAUGUGGAGCCUUGUUUUUUAUUGUUAUUUUUCUCUGAUCAGCUCUGAAAUGUGCACUCCUGCAGAGCCCUCCUCCGAAGACCGCAACUUUUUUUUGGUUGGCAUUCGAUCCUCUCAAGCUGACGCCUCAGAUUACGACCUCGGGCUGGAUGCAGGACCACGAGCUGUUGCUCAGCACCGCCCCGGGGUCUCGUCUGGCUCAGAGCAAUGUCCCUCUCCGCUUACCGUUGUUUCCAGUACCACGGCAAUACAUUGUUCUUGGUUCCCUGAGGCAAAAAUGUGACCUUUUUUUUUUCCCCCAAGCCCACAAAGACAAAGAAAGAAGGCAAAAGGGCACUGAGUGAGGUGGUUUACAUAUCUAAGCCCCUGUCUUGGUCACAACAGCACCUGAAGAAACAGGACCUCUCCGGGUUUUCUUUUUUCUCUCUCCACCAGGGACACGGGUGGUUUUCCUUCAUGAACACACCAGGGUUAUACACAGAGAGUGAGAGAGAGACAGAAAGAGUGAGAGAGAGAGAAAGAGAGAUUGUAAGUGGAGGAAAAGCAUAAUUUCUCACCUCUUCCACAAACCAGGCACACCUGCUCACCUGCUUCACCCUGUCCUCCCACCCGCACAGCGAAAGAUAGUAAAAGAGUUUAAGACAAAUAGUAACAGCCUGCAGAUCAUAAGAGUCUCACACACACUCGUUAUCUAAGAAGGUAAUAAGCCAUCAGGAGGAAGAAAGCUACUCAUUUCCACUCAUUAUUUUUCCCUCGGACCUGCCGGUAUAUGGAGGAUCAUGUGUAUUACUCCUCCUCUCUGAACCUAAGACUACCUCAGAACACACAUUAAAAACCAUUGCGGCAUAUAUUCUGACACAGAAAAACACACACAGUCAUGCACCAAUUAGUUAACUUACAAAAUAAACUAUUUGCAGUUCAUUUCAGAAAUGGAUUUUUGGCUUAAAUAAGGUACAUGGUUUCUUUCUUUUUCCUCCCAUUUGUCUUCUCCUGUCUAAUUGGCACAAUCUCCAUGCAUUUAAAAAAAAAAGCCAAAUGCAAAUGGUUGAGAAAGUGAUAAAAAAUCCUGGAUCUGCACCAAACUUUAAAGGGUUCUUCCUCGGGUCAUGCCCCACCCCUCCACAGAACUUCAUGGAAAUCGGUUUCGUAGUUUUAACGUAAUCCUGCUAAGUAAAGGUAAUAAUUCUGUAAAGCUUCCUGAUUAAAAUCAUCAGAGAUAUUGAAGGAUCAAUGUGUCGUGGACACACUAAUAAAACCGAGUUGUCCUGUUACUCAGCUUCAGGAUGGUUCAACUCGUCGAUUUUCUUUCCAUGUUUUUAUAUUAUAAAAAAAAAAAAGCUGUGUGCACCAUUGCUUUCUUUUCCAACAGGUCUGGAAAUGUAGUGCUCAUGUUUUAAAUUGGUUUAAGAAAAGAGUUGUAUCAGAAUCAUAGCUUUAUUUGUUCUGGUUGGAUUUUGGUAGGAAAUCCAGUUUUGAGUUUAUUUUCCUAGAGUUGGAAAAGACAUUUCAGAUAAAGAAUAGUCAACAUAACCAUUCAUUUGAGAUAGUUUUUCAUAUAAAUGAACAAGAAACAGUAGAUGCCUUUACAGCAGCCUUAUGAGUCUCGUGCGUUUCAGUAUAUCUUCGUCUUUGUUUUCGUAUAUCUUACAGCUCAUGUGAUGUCUCACCCAAAGUCAGUAGCACCAUAUUGGUGUAAUGUUGGGAGGAGGUGGUGGAUGUAAUCAGACAUUCAUGACGUAAAAAAAAGCUGUAAACGUUUGGAUCCUCCUGUCGCGACUGCGCCAGGAUCCAUUACUGUCACCACAAAGUCGGUGUGCACAGGUGUGUGUGUGUGUUUGUGAAGGGGAGACGGGAGGAGAGAGGGAGCAAGUGAGUCGUGUUUCUCUGGAGGUUUCAGCGCUUUUUUCCUGCGAGAGCUGUCAGUCUCUGAUCGCACGUAGGGAUCUUUCUUUUUAACACACUCUGCACCAGUUUCACAAGCCUCUCAUCUCCCAUGCUCUCUGACAAAGAAAAACUGCACUAAAUUCAAAAGUCUACAGCCCUUUGUUCCUCCUCUCUCUCUCUUUCUUUUGUAUGAGAUAUAUUCUUCAAUCAGCAUUUUAAGAUUCGUCUUUUUGGGGUUUUAAUUUGUUUUAAUGCUGUUUACAUGAUAAGCCUGUUAAGUUGUGCCUGACACUAAAGACACGAGACAACAUCCUAGAUAUGUAAUUGACCCGGAAUUAACUCGGAAAAUUGGUUUUAGAUUUCUGCAAGCAAUAGUAUGACAUUUUUCGAUUUGCUGUGAUAAGACAGAAAAUUUAUUUUUUUGUGCACAUGUAGUUUUUGGGAUGUGACAGUUGCCAAUAUAAACAGUUUAGUUACUCUGGGCAUUUACCAUAUUAAUAAUGCAAAAACUUUACAACUGACUGUUUGCGUAACUGCUCCCGCGGACAGUACUUGUCAAUUUAAAACUUAGCAAACAUGAACUAGAUAUAUUGGACCUGUCAAGCUUUAGAUUUCUGCACAUGCUGAAAUGGUACAUUAGCAUUUAGCAUUCAGUUUGGGCUGUUUCUGUGAUGCAUUUUUAAUGCUAAUUCUACUUCCAAGGCCAAGAAGCAUAUCCUAGGCGAGCUAUGUUUUCUAACAUUUGCAGCAUCAUCAAACGCCAACAUUUCACUAUGUUUGUGGCAAAUGCUCUUUCUCCAACAUAACAUGCAGUUCAAAAAGCAGCAUCUUUCUUUUCUUUUCAAGUAGGAGUAUGUUGCCAGUCCGCUACAUGGGCAGGCGAGAUCUUUUCCUUUCGACAUGCUGCUUUAACCUCAGUGUUUCCUCAGUCUCGUGUAUUUAGCCAUUGAGUACAUAUGUAAGAGUCACCCAGAAACAUUCAAAAUUCAGCUAUCGGCAGCAUUUUUUCUGCCGAUUUUUUCCGAUUUUCUAAUGUUAAAUCUGCAACCAUUAUCACUAUAAACCAUAGACUGUAACAUAAAGACGGACGACAUGACAGCUAACCAAAAGUGAAGCAAAAAUGUGUUGAUCGGCCCCUGGUGGCUGGCUGCAGUAUAGCUCAUAAACCCUGACUCCUCCAUGUAAGUGGAUGGGACAUGCACCAAACUAAGACAUGAUGUAUGUCCAUGUGUUCAUUCUGGAACAAGUUCAUGUUUGGUUUUAAUUACUUUUUUGACCCUAUAGAACAAAGUGAAACAUCACGAUUGACAGCUUAGAUUGUUGCGCAAGUGGUCGAGUAAUGACAUCACCAGUGCAAGAUGGCGGCACCCACAUCACGGAUAUUUUGACUUCAUUUUUGUACAACAGGAAGAGGGAGAGACAUGUCUUCCACCUUUUAUUUACAGUCAACUGAGCAUGUGUCGAGAAUGGAAAGCUUGACAGGCAUAGCAACCGUAACCAAGGGACUACGGAUGUCCCGUAUUGUCCCGUUUAUUAUCCAAAGUUUCUACUUUUAUGUUGCCUUAUUGCACACAACAAUACUGAACACUGUGGGGACGGGAGUGAUGCCAGUAGUGAGCAGGGACGCCCAAACGAUGUUAGAGGUGGACAGUUACUGUGUAUGUGUGUGUGUGCGUAUGUGUGCGUAUGUGUGAGCCAUAGGCAAACACUCCAAGCCCCUUUUUUUUCAAAUCAGUUUUCAUCUUUAGAAUAAUUUCUCCGUUUUUGCUGUGAUGUCAUAGGCAGUGAUUCCUCUUAACAAGAAUUAGCUGCAAAUCAGAUUUCAGUUUGAUAAACAAUCACGUUACACAUUCAGCUGCUACCAGUGUCAAAUGGAUGAAUGAAUGAAUCUCUGUGGUGAUGAAGGCCCAAGUUCAGUCUGGCUGGAGCCCUUUUUCUAUUUGUGAACACACACACACACAGAGGCAAACUUCAAACAUUCUUGGGAGCAUCAACAUUUUCGGCUGCUUUCAGUUCUUUUAGAGUAUUUUUUUUUCUCGCUCUACUUCUCCAGACGCCCAGAUGUGUUUAUGAAAACCAAACUGAGAGAAAGGAAGAAUCCUCCCCUUUGUGUUUUUGCCUCUUGAAUACUCAGAAAAAUCGAAUAAUACUAGAGUGUCGUGGGUGACAGGAGUAGAGGUUCUUGAAUUUAAAAAUGUGUACAGAGAAGAUUUUGGAACAAAAAAUCUGUAAAUAGAAAGUGUAAAUAAAUCCUAUAUAUGACAAAAAUGUCUUUGAA